GAAUCACUGCUAAACGAAAGAGAAAAUUUGUGAAGAUUGUGUUAGAUCCGAUUUAUCGUCGUGUUUGUCGCUUGAACUGAGGAUCAAAUAACUGAACCCAACUGGACUUGGAAAUGGGAGAGACAGUAAUAGAUUCAGAACAUGGCAUGAUGAUCGGCUUAUCAGAUCCCAUGAAAAUUGAUCCUAGAAGAGAUCGGUUCCCAUGCUGCAUUGUUUGGACACCUCUUCCCUUAAUUUCAUGGCUGGUUCCCUUUAUCGGCCACGUGGGUAUUUGCAGAGAAGACGGUGUCAUCCUCGACUUUGCAGGACCUAAUUUCGUCUGUGUUGAUAAUUUUGCAUUUGGAGCUGUUGCUCGAUAUAUUCAAAUCAACAAGAAAAAGGAAUCAUCUCGUUCUUCCGGUUCAUGUAUGUUCAAUGGUGAGAGCAGAUAUGAACAAGAGGAAGACAGUCAUGAGAAAGAGCCAACAUGGGAUGAUGCACUGAGAAAAGGCACACAAGAGUACCAACAUCACUCUUAUAACAUAUUCACAUGCAACUGUCAUUCCUUUGUCGCCAACAACCUGAACCGUCUAGCUGUAAAGUCAGGCGGGUGGAACGUGGUGAAUCUCGCAGCACUUGUGUUGUUCAAGGGACGUUGGGUGAGCAAAGCGGCUAUAGUAAAGUCCUUGUUGCCUCCACUCAUAAUCUACACUAUAGGAAUCUUACUCGGUGGUUGGACUUUCAUAGCUUCUUGCUCGAUUCUAGCGGUGGUGGUUGAUUUCACGGCUUCUUGGUGUGGACCAUGUCGUUUCAUUGCUCCAUUUUUUGCUGAUUUAGCUAAGAAACUCCCUAAUGUGCUUUUCCUCAAGGUUGAUACUGAUGAAUUGAAGUCAGUGGCAAGUGAUUGGGCGAUACAGGCGAUGCCAACCUUCAUGUUUUUGAAGGAAGGGAAGAUUUUGGACAAAGUUGUUGGAGCCAAGAAAGAUGAGCUUCAAUCUACCAUUGCCAAACACUUGGCUUAAGCUUUCGAUUCUUAUAUAUGUCUUAAGAUGUUGGAUUAAUCAAUUGCUCUAGUACUUACUCUUGACAUGUUAUAACUCGUUCCCUUUUGUUAUAUGUUUCUGGUCUAAUCUCAUCUGAUAAGAUUGUGACUAGUGUGGAUUUGAAAAUUUCUUUGUUUAAUUACUUUGUACUUCGAAGUGUAUUUUAAAACGAAGUUCUACAUUUGUCCUCAAAAACUUUUUCUGCGCAAUGGACGUGAAUAAAGAGAGCAUAUGUUC